GCCCCCGAGGCUCUGGUGGAGGACGGCGGGCAGAAAGCCGCCGGCAGUGCCAAGAGAGGCGCCGCGAUGCCAAACUGCCCGUCCGCAGCCCGUCAGAGCGGCCCCGGCCCCGGGGAGCCGCCGCUGCCGCCGAGCCGCGGGAGCCUGGGCGCCCAGCAGCCCCGCGGGCGGCCCUCCUGGUGCCCGCCGCCCGCCCCGGCCGAGCCGGCCGCCCGCCUGUACCCGCUGCACGCCCUGAGCGUGGCCAACAUCCCCAACUCGUCCCGCGGCAAGGGCUCGGCCCGCAGCUCCGCCGUCCCCACGCCGGAGGGGCUGCAGAGCCGGCGCUGCAAGCUGCUGGAGGAGGAGAGCCCCGCGGUGCAGGCGGGCCGGCGGCAGCGGCAGCGCUACGUGACCAAAGUGGGCAAGUGCCAGGUGAAUCUGGGCAACAUCCAGGACAAGAAGAGGUUCCUCUCGGACAUCUUCACCACCAUCGUGGACCUCAAGUACCGCUGGUUCCUCUUCGUCUUCAUGAUGUGCUACGUGGUCACCUGGGUGGUGUUUGGCUCCAUCUACUUCCUGGACGCCUGGCUGCGGGGCGACGUGGGGCACCGGGGCGAUCCCGAGUGGCAGGCGUGCAUCGAGAACGUGGACGGCUUCGUGUCCGCCCUGCUGCUGUCGGUGGAGAGCCAGCGCACCAUCGGCUACGGCACGCGGAUGGUGACGGCCAACUGCGCCGAGGGCGUCAUCCUGCUGAUCGCGCAGUCCAUCGUGGGCUCCAUGAUCGACGCCAUGAUGGUCGGCUGCAUGUUCGUCAAGAUCUCGCGGCCCAAGAAGCGCGCCCAGACCCUCAUCUUCAGCAAGAACUGCGUCAUCUCCCUGCGGGACGAGAAGCUCUGCCUGAUGUUCCGUGUGGGGGACCUGCGGGAAAGCCACAUGGUGGACGCCAAGAUCCGGGCGAAGCUGAUCAAGUCCCGCCAGACGGCCGAGGGGGAGUUCAUCCCCCUGGAGCAGUCGGAGCUGAACCUGGGCUAUGACACGGGCGAGGACCGUCUGUUCCUGGUGGAGCCCCAGAUCAUCUGCCACGUCAUCAACCGUCACAGCCCUUUCUGGGACAUGUCGGCCGAGUCGCUGCGCCGGGAGCAGUUCGAGAUCAUCAUCAUCCUCGAGGGCAUCGUGGAAGCCACAGGAAUGACGUGCCAAGCCCGCACCUCCUACACGGAGGACGAGAUCCUCUGGGGAUACCGCUUCGAGCCCUGCAUGUCCCUGGAGAAAGGCGCCUUCCAGGUGGACUACAGCCGCUUCGAGAUGACCUUCGAGGUGCAGACGCCCGCGGGCAGCGCCAAGGAGCUGCAGGAGCUGAAGGAGCUGGAGCAGCAGGAGCACUCCACGCUCAGCCUCUACUGGGACCACCUUUUGCAGCCGUGCGCGCUGCCGGGGCCCGGCGAGGACGCGGCUCCGCAGCGGGAGUGCCCUGCCUGAGCCCCCCAACAGUGCCAUAGCCCACCCCGCCCGGGGCUGAGCCCCCGCUGCAGCCCCUUCUGUUUGUCGGGUCCUUCUUUUGUGACGGGGAAUGAGAG